CACACAAAAGAAGUGGGAAGGCCACAAACUCCUUUGAAAGAAACAACCUUGGAGGCCUGGACUCAGCCACAGCCCCAGCGCCGCGUCACCUUCCACCUGCCCGACGGCUCCCAGGAGAGCUGCAGUGACAGCGGGCUCGGCGACCACGAGCCCACCAGCGGGGCCAGCGCCUCCCAAACGCUGCCCCUGGGCUUCCCCCAGGACGAGUUCUACGAGCAGGCGUCCCCCAACAGCCGCACGGAGGGAGACGGCAACUCCGACCCCGAGUCCA